CCGGAGGGCACUUUCGAGUUUUGCCCAAUUCAACCGUCCUUUUACCCGCCAACUGCUCUCUCUCUCUCUCUCUCUCUCUCUCUCUCUCUCUCUCUCUCUCCAGCAAUGGCUUCUCCGGCAACUCUCGCCCUCUUCACCCUCAUCUCCGCCGCGUUUCUUCUACCAAGAAUAGCAUCUCUAGAAUACAAUUACCUGUACUCUCAAGAACUCAUCAAUCGCUUCCAACCUAACUUCAUCGGCCGCACAAGCCCAACAAUUUCUUCCCCUGAAUCAGUAAACCCCCCGAUGCCACCGACCCCAGAUUCUCCCCCUCGUGUUCCGGCCUUGUUCGUCAUCGGCGACUCGACCGUCGACUGCGGGACCAACAACUUCCUCGGUACUUUUGCGCGUGCCGAUCGUCUUCCUUACGGGCGAGAUUUCGACACCCAUAUGCCUACUGGACGGUUCUGUAACGGGAGGAUCCCCGUUGAUUAUCUUGCUCUGCAUCUUGGGCUUCCAUUUGUACCGAGUUAUCUUGGACAGACCGGAAGUGUCGAAGAUAUGGUUCAUGGAGUGAAUUAUGCAUCUGCUGGUGCUGGAAUCAUUUUCUCAAGUGGAUCAGAAUUGGGUCAACACAUCUCCUUUUCACAGCAAAUUCAGCAGGUUAUGGAUACCUUCCAGCAGUUUAUGUUGAGCAUGGGUGAGGGUGCAGCAGCUGAACAUAUCUUGAAUUCGAUAUUUUACAUUUCAAUUGGAACCAAUGACUACAUUCAUUACUAUCUCCGUAAUAUAUCCAAUGUGCAAAAUCUGUAUCUACCUUGGCGCUUCAACCAGUUCUUAGCGAGUACAAUGAAGGAGGAGAUUAAGAACUUGUACAACGCAAAUGUGAGGAAAGUAGUGUUAAUGGGACUCGCUCCAAUUGGUUGUGCUCCUUACUACUUGUCGCUGUACGAUAGUAACAAUGGGGAGUGUGUCCAUAUGAUAAACGACAUGAUACUUGAGUUCAACUUUGUCAUGAGAUACAUGGUUGAGGAGCUUGCUCAUGAGCUCAUCGACGUUGACAUCAUAUUCUGUGAUGCUUAUGAAGCAUCCAUGGACAUAAUGACAAAUAAUCUCCUUUAUGGUUUCAAUGUAACUGCGGAUGCUUGUUGCGGGUUAGGACCGUACAGGGGUUGGAUGGUGUGCCUUACACCUGAGAUGGCUUGCAGCAAUGCUUCCAAUCAUAUCUGGUGGGACCAGUUCCAUCCCACGGAUGCAGUGAAUGAAAUCUUGGCAGACAAUGUGUGGUCUGGAUUGCACACUGAGAUUUGCUAUCCCAUGAACUUGCAGAACAUGAUAGCUCAGAAGGCCAAAAACGAUUUGACAAAGUUGUUCACGAUUAGCUGAGGUGAAAAACACCAGAUUAGCUCUUGGUAUGUAGACUUCCUGCGAUCUGAUUCAACUGAAGUAAAUUGGAAUAUAGGAUACUGGAUAGCAUUGUAAGCUACUAUAUGCUGGCAUUUGAUAGUUUCUCCUUUUCCAAUUCAGAGGUGGAAUGUCGAUUUGUAUAGACACAAUAUUGCCACGUUGUGCACGGUUGGGGAAUAGUGGCAUGCUUUCCAUUUUCAGUCAAAUUUAGCUGUAUUGUUUUUGAAGUUGUCUAUAUGAUCUUUCAAGUUUUAUGAGGAAAAGUUUUCACUUUUAGAGGGAUCA